AUGUCAUUUUCACCCUGGUAUCCUAAAGGACUACGAUCCGGUAGGAGAAAUUUCUUCGACCAGCCACCUAGGUGGCCAUACAGAAGAAGUUUAUAUCCUUCUUACUGGCCAUACCAUGACAUGCCAGAAGUUGAAAUGGACGCAUUUGGCGAUUGCUUUGUUUUUCGGCCAAUGCUACCUAGCGAAAGAUGCAGGCAUGAACACCGUAACAAGAAUGCUCCUGGGUCUGCUACUACGGAUAAAAAUGCUAGUAAUCAAGUAAAUAAUGAUCAAAAAGAAAGCAAAGAGCAAGAUGGACAUGCAAACCAGGCAUUACAUGGACACCAUGCCGUCAGACCUGGACAUGAAGAACGUCGCAGCCAAUCACGAUUCUACCGUCCAGUACCAGGAUAUUUGCACUUUUUCGGACAAAAUCCGCUAGAAGAAUUAGAAGCAGCAAUGGACGAUCUGACAGUCGACGCUAUGCACGACUCUCAAAAUCCCUACCUGAGCGAGCAUGGAACUAUACCACAUCAACACCAUCAGAAAUCCUCGAGCUAUCAAUCUACUUCACAAACUAGAGUGAAUGGAGGAAAAAGUUAUAGCUACAAUAAAUCAACGAUCAUUUCUGAGGAUGGUGAACACAAGGUGACUAUUACUCGUAGUAUCGGUGAUCAAAAACAUAUUGUUACAUCCAUUAUGGAUGCCGAUGGUAAUGAGCACCAAUUGGAGAACUAUGUUAAUGUCGAUACGGAUAACAUUUAA